GCUGUGUAUAUUUGACAUGAUAUAUUAUUAUUACUCGGUCGUCUGAUUCCUCCCUCCCGACGGCUCUUCAACCCUCGUCCCACCAAAGUGACUCGCUCCACCCAUCAAAACUUCCUUUCUCUUCCGUUCCAGCUUCGCCAGCUUGGCCAGGUUCCCGCAAAUCAAGCCCAGGCGAUCCACAUCUUCACGCCAGAAAGUUCCCUUCACUCCGAUCACCCACACUUCCCACACCUCCCACACAAACCACCCACCGACCGAAAAUCAAAGCUCCCUCGUGUUUCGCUUCAUCAUUUGCAUCCCGUCCUCAUCCGUGAAAGUGUGAGAGAGAGACAGAGAGCGAGAGAGAGCGAGCGAGAAAGAAAGAGACCAACGACGACACAUCUUAUUAUUGUUCACUCUGCACUCUGCACUCUGCACUCUGCACUCUUCAUUCCAUAACAAUAACUGCAAUCACUCACCACUCAUCACUCACCACUCACCACUGACUAUCGUCCUUGCACCCUCCAUAAAUAUCUACCGACAAAAGUAUAACAACACCAAAGGACAAGGUCAAAACCUCAACAACUUCGACAUCGGCCGUCAACAAGAAAGCACUCCAAGUUUCGAUCGGUCAAAUCAAUCAAUCAAUCAAUCAAUCACUCAAUCUCUCUAUCAGUCAAUCAAUCAUUCAAUCAUUCAAUCAGUCAAUCAACCAGCCAACCAGCCAACCACUCGCCCACUCGCCCUCUCGCCCACCCCAUCCACCCUACCUACAUAUUAUUGUAUAAAAACCCCCAGCCAGCUAUCAAAAUACCCAUCACAAUAUUUCAUAAAUACAAAUAUAAAUUUAAAAUUUUAUAUUUCUUCAUUCGACCGUUUCGAAUCCUUUUUUCUUCAUCCUUCUCUUCCUCCUUCUCGUCCUCCUUCUCUUCUGCCAAACAAACCAUUCCCUAGAACCCCAUAUUCUUCCUUUUAAUUGUCCAAUCGUUUACGUCAAAGUCACUGUGUAUUCCUUGAACCGGAAGCUCGCAUUGCAUCUGCGGCAUUCGCUUCGCCGUCACACCAACGAUACUGAUUACAGCGUGGACGAUUGCAACUUGGACGGGCGACCAAGCACCCUCCCACCAAUUCUGCACCAACCCAGCCAUCCCUCCAAUCUUUCCUCGCCUGAAUGAGAAAGUAACUGGGUUUUCUGCUUUCUUUCUAGGCCAUUUUAAGAAAUAAUAAUUAAAUUCUCCUUCCAUCACCAAGUUCAGGGUCUCCAGGGACCCCCUCAACCGCAAACAUUCCCUCACCUCACUCUCUCGCCGCGAUACUCUCGCCUUCUGCACCACCUGAUUCCGAUUCGGCCGUGGGUGUGUCGCGAUCAUCGAGUCCCAAGCGUUCACACGCCGAAGCUUUCUCCUCUGCAAACGACCCAACGUAUCUUCAUCCCGCUUCACCAAAGCAACAUCGGCCCAACAUAACGUCUGUCGGAGCGACCAGCCCCGGCGCAUUAGGCGCCAGCGGUUUAGGGGCUGAUGAUGGUAGUGGUGCCGGUAGAAGUGGGAUCGAGGAGAAGAAACCGGCAAAGAUGGUACGAUCUAGUAUAGCUUGCGCACGAUGUAGACGGAGCAAGGUAAAGUGUGUCAACAAUGGUGUCAAUUCCAUAUGCCGGGCUUGUGAGUCCUCGAACCGAGAAUGUACAUAUCCAAGUGCCGCAGCGUCUACGCCCAAGAGAACCGAUCCCCCCAUGGGAAUCAAGAUUGAAGGAGAAAGCGAUAGCAAGAAGAGAGUGCGAAAGCAUGAAGAUUCCGGUCGCAGAAACAGUCAACGACAAGGAGAAGAACCUUUGGAGGCGACCAUCUUGACACGAAAGGUGUGGGACGAGGUCUAUGACAUCUUCAAAUUGAACUUCUCAACCGAGAUGCCUUUCUUGCAUCCCCCAUCAUUUCGAAAUCGCAUGCGUCAAGCAUCGCACCCACGAGACCCUACUUCACUCCCCGACAUGCCCGCCUUUCAAGAUGCCAAGAUUUUAUUGUUAGGUGUGCUUACGCUGACUGCCCGAUUUCAUCCCGAGUUAAUCGCAUAUCAUGCUCCGGCAAAUUCCCCUCGACCAAAUGACCCAUUGGCUGCAAGCGAUUACUACGCAACCGCUUUAACCUCAACCAUCUUUGGAGCUGCGGGCAAAGAUCUCAGCACUCCUACCACCGAACGGAUCCAGGCACUCUUAAUGCUGGGUCUUUAUGAGUGGGGUCAGACUAGAGGUCUUAGCGCUUGGGUUUACGUAGGUAUUGCGACGAGACUAGCCCAAGCAAUGGGUCUACCCUACGAGGAUGAUCCAUCGGCUAGAACGUUCAAGCCUGAAACUGUCACCACCGCAAGCUCAUACCGACCCGAGGUGAAUAAGAGUCCAGCACGUGAUACUGCGAUUGAGAAGGAAGUUCGAAGACGUACGUUCUGGAGUUGUUUCAUCAUGGAUCGGAUGCUUUCUGCGGGAAAGGCGAGACCCACGAUGGUUGAGUCUGAUACUCUCCGCGUCCAACUACCAUGUUCCGAUGAUCAAUUCUUAUUCACUCAAUCAGUUCAAACUGGUUACUUGAAUCGCGAUUUUGAGAAAGCUACCUUGACCAAUGUUAAAAUCCAAGAAGGUGGAGUACUCAGCAGGUAUUGUCGUUUGGUUGAAAUUUGGGGUAAACUUUCAAAGUGGAGUCUUCAUGGAGGUCGCCGAACGGAAACCCUACCACCAUGGGAUGAAUCAACACAAUUCUAUAAACUUUCGCAUGAAUUGGAAGAUUUCUAUAGCGCCUUGCCAGAGAACCUCACCUUUUCCGAGGAUAAUCUCAAUGCACAUUUGGAAAAACGAAAUGCCACCACAUAUGCAAGUUUGCAUACUCUCGUCUCCUUGUGUCGUAUCAUGCUUCACAGAGAAUACAUACCGUUCAUUCCUCUUCGAGCUGAUAAACCUUCGGGUCCUUUGGAUGAACCAACAUUUCCCAAAGACAAAUUCGAUAUACCAGAAGGAUUUUGGGAACAGAGUGCCGACUCACUUUUCUCAUCGGCAAGAGAUAUUGUGGAUAUUAUGAGGACUUGUCAGGAUAACAAUGCUUUGCCAGAAUCACCAUUGUUUGUCUUCGCUCUUUUCCAUUCGGCGUUUACCGGUGUUUACUCCGUUCACUUCCCACAAAUGGAUCCUAACGAUUAUAUGGGUGAAAGCCGAUCCGCUUUACCUAUCAAAAUUCUGAAAGAUAUGGUGCCGAGGUUGACUAUGGCUAAAGCUUACCAUAAAAGAAUUGAACAGAUGAUGAAGUAUUAUAAAAUGGUGAAGAAUGAGUUCAAGAGAUACAAGAAAGAUGUUUCAUGGAAAGGUGGUGGAUUGGAUGAGUGGAAGGUGUUUGAGAAAGAUUUGAAGGAAUUUGGUACUCUUGAAGAUGCUGCUGGAGGUGAUUCUCAUUCUGAUGAUUAUCCAAACCGCAACUCUCGAUGUAGCACCAGCGAUCUUGGUUCCACUACGGCUGCUAACAAUCCUAGUGGUGAGCCAAUGCAAGGGGUCGAAGGAGGUGGAUCGAGACCACCUUCGAAUUGGGCACCAAUCAAUGCCUCCAAUAACAAUAUGAGCAUGGAGCUGCAACAAGGCCCCGGUGGACCAUAUAUACCAAAUGGAGCUUAUCAACCAAGUCCGAACCAAAACUCGAAUCCACCUAGCUUGAUCAGUCCAGGGAAUGGUGAUUCAGCAUCAAGCAUCAAUUCUCCCUAUAGCAAUCAAGGACAAGCUCAAAAUUAUAAUCAACUUCAACAAAUGGGACAAUAUCAUCCUCCAAUGGCUCAUCAACCUCAUAAUAUGGCGCCACCAGGUACUCAAGCAGGAUGGAAUAGAGAUCCAACAGCUAAUGUCUUACCUUUUGAUGCAUGGAUUGAUGAUUUGGAAAGUAUUUCGAUGAAUACAAAUACCAUGGAAAACUUUACACAAUCAUUCAAUGAUGUAUCUCAGCCUUGGAAUGUUCCACAAUUUGGAGCGCAGCCUCAAAAUAGUUGGGUUCAAGUUGUUGAGAGACAUCCUGGUGCUUGGAAUUAGUGGUGUAUGGUAGUUGAACAUGGAGAUGAAAGGUUCAUUGGAGUUUUCAUCAAUGGAUAGAUUAAUGAAUGAGAAGUCUCCUCAUUGACAUACUUCAUUGACAUAUUUCCUUAAUUUGAAGGAAUGGAGGAGUGGGAGUUUACUUGAAAUGAAUCGAGGUGAUUUUUCUACACUGGGUCACGUGGGAUUCAUUUUGGGGGAGUGAAAUAGGACUGUGUUGAUUGAGCGUUACAAAAAAUAACUUUUUGCGAUUUUAGUAUUGUGUUUUUUUCUGAUUUUUUUUUCGGGUUCGAGGAUUUUAGGUUUAUUAUGACACUGGCAAUGGCAAUGAUAAUGAUAGCUUUUUUUGGCGAGAGUUAUCUUCUUCAUCUUUUGGAUUUUGUUGGGGAUGUGGAAAGGGUGUGAAAUGGAGAGUGAAAUCGGGGAUAGUGAAUUUUCUGAAUAUUAUGAGGGUAUAGGCGUGCAUAUUUAUGGAUGUUUCUUCAAUCGCUAUAUAUUAGUUAGGCAGUUGGGAAGAGGAGGGAAUGUGGAAAUGUGGAAUUUGGGGUGGAUGAAUGAUGGAUGUGUGGAGGAAUGGAUGGAGGAGGUAGUGAGUUUAAGGGAUGAGGUGGGAGAGGAGGAGGGAAAAGAGGAAGGGAAGAGAAGAGAAACCAGAUACAUAAUGCAUUUUUAUAUUUUUUAUCAUUUGCCUUUUGCCUUUUGCCUUAAGACUUUUUGACAUACUUCAUUUGAUAUUCGAUAUUUGUAGUACUAUUCUUAAAGAAAUUGUAAAGAUA